AUGGCGUCCUCAUCUGACGAUGAUGUCCCUUUGAGCAAGAUCAAGCGUACAAAUGGCACACCAGCUUCGCCCAAAUCUUCGGCUGUCAUUCCUGCCGCCGUCGACCGUCAAAUGGACAAGCAGGUCCCUACCAAUGGCGAGACUUUGCCCGGUGUAUCUAUCCGCAACGGGCCCAUUACCGAGGAUGUCCCAAUGAAAGACGUCAACGGCUCGUCCUCCAAUGUCAAGCGGAAAGUCAGCCGGCCCAGCUAUGCUGAAGACGAUAGCGAGGACGACGAUGACAAGCCUAUUAUCAAGAAACGCAAGGUCGAGCCUCCCAAGGAGACUGCUGUUGAAUCGGACUCAGACAUCCCACUAUCCAAGUCGAAGACGAAUGGCGCUAUUGGAGAAGACUCGGACUCGGAUGUUCCCAUCCAGAAAAAGCUAGUCAAGGAGAAGCAGAAGAUCGAAAAACGCGCAGAAAAAGAAGCUGUCAAGAUUCGCCAGGCUGAGAAGCCAGCAAAGAAGGUGAAGAAGGAAGAGUCUUCCGACGACGAUGUUCCUCUCAAGAAAUCCAAGGCGCCUGCGAGCUCUUCAAAGCCGAAGCCCAAACCCAAGAAGGAGUCGCCAGCACCCAAGAAGGCUGGCGGCAAGAAGGCUGUGAAGAAAGAAGAAUCCGAAGAGCCAGAAGACGACGAAGACGAGGGCAACAAUUGGUGGGAUGACCCGACCAAGAGCGAUGGCACAAAGAAGUGGGACACCUUGGAGCAUAGUGGCGUUGUGUUCCCUCCUGAUUAUCAGCCACUGCCGCAGAAUGUCAAGAUGAAGUACGACGGCGUCCCAAUCACCCUUCAUCCUGACGCAGAGGAAGUCGCCAGCUUCUUCGGCUCCAUGUUGAACUCGACUCACAACGUCGAAAACCCGACCUUCCAGAAGAAUUUCUUCCAUGACUUCAAGGAAAUAAUCACCAAGACGGGCGGCGCGAAGAAUAAAGACGGCGAGAAAGUGCCCAUCAAAGACUUCACAAAGUGCGAUUUCAAGCCAAUCUUCGACUACUACGAUGCACAAAGGGAAGCCAAGAAAGCUCUGCCUGCGGCCGAAAAGAAGAAGCUUAAGGCCGAGAAGGAUGAAGCCGAGGCCAAGUACAUGUACUGUAUCUGGGAUGGCAAGAAGCAGAAGGUCGGCAACUUCCGCGUCGAACCGCCUGGCUUGUUUCGCGGUCGAGGAGAGCAUCCAAAGACUGGCCACGUCAAGACUCGCGUCAAGCCCGAGCAGAUCACCAUCAAUAUAGGCAAAGAAGCCACUGUACCGCCGCCACCGCCAGGCCACAAGUGGAAGGAGAUCAAGCACGACAAGGAAGGCACCUGGCUGGCGAUGUGGCAGGAAAACAUCAAUGGCAACUAUAAGUAUGUCAUGCUUGCGGCUAGUUCUGAUGUCAAAGGCCAGAGCGACUACAAGAAGUUCGAAAAAGCCCGCGAGCUGAAGAAGCACAUCGACAAGAUCCGCAAGGACUAUCGCAAGAACCUGAAGGCCGAAAUGAUGGCUGAUCGACAGAAAGCCACCGCCAUGUACUUCAUCGAUCAAUUCGCUCUCAGAGCAGGGAAUGAGAAAGGUGAUGAUGAGGCCGACACGGUCGGCUGCUGCUCCCUCAAAUACGAGCACAUCACUUUGAAGGAGCCCAGCACUGUUAUCUUCGAUUUCUUGGGUAAAGACAGCAUCCGCUUCCACGAAGAGUUCGAAGUCGACAAACAGGUCUUCAAAAACCUCAGGAUCUUCAAGAAAGCACCGAAGCAGGAGGGCGACGAUAUUUUCGAUCGCCUGAACACGACUCAACUGAACAACCACCUCAAGAACUACAUGCCUGGUCUGACGGCCAAGGUGUUCCGUACAUACAAUGCGUCGUACACCAUGUCUACUCUUCUCAGGGACAUGAAGGCAGAGGGAAGCCACGCUGAGAAAGUCAAGCAGUACAACGAUGCAAAUCGGAAGGUAGCCAUUCUUUGCAACCAUAAACGAACCGUUGGAGCCAGCCACGAGAAUCAGAUGGAAAAGCUCGGUGAUCGCAUCAAAGCGCUUCGGUAUCAGCAAUGGCGCCUGAAGCAGAUGAUUCUCGAUGUCGAUCCUAAGCAGAAGAAGAAGAAAGGCGCCGAGUGGUUCGAGCUGCCAGGCGACAUCAACGAGGAAUGGAUUCACGAGCACCAGGCCUACCUUGUCGAAGAAGCCAAGACGAAGAUUACGAAGAAGUUCGAAAAGGACAACGAGAAGCUCAAAGCCGAGGGUGAGAAGGAAUUGAAGCAUAAGGAGCUCGAAGAACGACUUGAUGCCGCCAAGGAACUCGAGAAGAAAUACAAAAAGGAGAACAAGUCGAAGAAGGUUGAAGCUGAGGGCAAGUCCCCGAGCGUGGAAAAGUUUGAGGAGAACAUCAAGAAAUUCGACCAGCGCAUCGAGAACAUGCAGCUGCAGGCCGAAGACAAGGAGAGCAACAAGGAGGUUGCUCUGGGCACGUCUAAGAUCAACUACAUCGAUCCUCGUCUCACGGUCGUCUUCGUGAAGAAGUUCAACGUUCCGAUCGAGAAGUUCUUCUCCAAGACACUUCGAGAAAAGUUCGAAUGGGCUAUCAAAAGUGUUGACGAGAAUUGGGAGUUCUGA